ACCGGACCCACGUUGGCUCCGCCCCCUCGGUGGCGGCAGGGGGAGGAGCGAUGGCGGCGGCGGCGGCGUUGGCGCCAGCGAGAGGAAUCGGUGCACCCUGACCCCUUGCUGGGGUGAGGGGUGUGAGGGCCUCACCGUUUAAGAUGGUUAAUCAGGCCAAAGCACUUGAAUACGCACUGGACCGUGCAGAGUACAUAAUAGAAUGUUCUCGCCAGCGACCACCCAGGAGAAAAACCACUGCAGCUUCGGCAGCAAAAUGGAAAUCUCUCCAUCAGAAGAUGUAUGACACAUACAUUGAGGAAAGUGAAAGAGAACCUGAGCUAAAGAGGCUGCGGCGGAAUGUGAAGCUAUUGGAGAAAGUUGUGAAUCAGGAGCGGCCGUCGUGCCUGGUGGUGAACCUAUACCCAGGCAACGAAGGCUACUCGCUGCUGCUCCGUGGCAAGAAUGGAGCUGACUCUGAGACGAUACGGCUUCCCUACGAGGAGGGCGAGCUUCUGGAGUACUUGGAUGCGGGGGAGCUGCCCCCCGUGCUGGUGGACCUUCUGGAGAAGGCGCAGGUGAACAUAUUCCACAGUGGGUGCGUGAUUGCCGAAAUCCGGGACUACAGGCAAUGCAACAACAUGAAGGGGCAUAUGCCUGACACAAAGCAUGUUCUGCUCAAGCCUACCACACAGACCCUGAUCUGUGACAUCAAUGCCAUAACAAGCGACAGUCACAAGUGGACUCAGGACGACAAGCUGUCGCUGGAAAGUCACGUGCUGCUGGCCGUCACGGAGCCGCUGUGCCUUGACCCGUCUGUGACGGUGACGUGCGUCGCCAACCGAUUGUUACACCACCGGCAACAGCUCAGCACACCGCCCAUCCGACGGUGCGUGAAGCGGCACGCGUGGCCGGCCAUGAUGCGGCAGCAGGAGGCUGCCUCGCUAGCACCACCUCCGGAGCUGCGCCUGCACACCUACCUGAGCCGCAGGAGAGAGCGGCGCCCACCAGCACCCCCGCCCGUCGAGCUGAAGCUCUCACGAUCCAGCACGAGCGUAGACACUUGGAAGCAAAGGCCUCAGCAGCUGUCCAUUCCAAGUGAGCUUGACAUUGAAAAGUAUUUUAAAGUGGAGCCACGGAUUAAGACGGAGGAUCCCACAGCAUUGCCGCAGGAAACGACGCCAGCCCUGGAGGACGAGUACCAGUUCGAAUACGAGGGAGGCGGCGGCGGCGACUGCAUCUCGCGCCUCGUCAUCUGCCGCAGCCCCGGUGGCGGGGACGCCUGCCGCGGCGAGAUCUACGCGGGGACGUUCCCCGGGCGAGACGAUGACGAAGAUGGCGAGAUGCCCAGCGGAGCCAAAUUCAUUUUGGCAUCAAAAGAAGAAGCAAAUCGGUUCGUUUCGCAACUCAAGGACGUGAUCCACGCGGAUGUGAGGCAGCCCGUGAAUGUGAAGCACAUUUCCAACGGCCACGGUCAAAAGCUCACGUUCAUCAACGAUCACGAGAACCAGAUGUUGGAGCCCAUGGUUUCUUCCUCCGUGCUCGGCAAGGGUUUGCGGCAUCGCCCUCCCCCGAUUAAGCUGCCAGGACCCGGUGGGAGUAGCAGUGGCUCCGCAGGUUACUCCGUGUUCAGUCCAAGCGGGAGCUCUUUGAAGUCAUCGACAUCAACCCCACCCCCGGCCGGAAAAUCUGCCGGGAAUCGGAAACACUCCGUCGACCUGGUGCAGCAAGGCCUUCUUUCCCCGCCUGUCAUGUCGCCCGCCACCUCCCAGCGCUCGGGAACUCCCAAACCGUCCACGCCGACACCGACCAACACCCCGUCGUCCACUCCACACCCGCCGGACACCCGCACGCCCACGCCCACCGCCACGCCCACCAUGACCCCGACGCCCCCCGAUAGCGGCGGCGGCAUGGGCACGUCCGCCGCGCUCGCCCUCCAACACCAGCAGCAGCUGUCGGCGCUGGUGGGGCCGCUGGGGCAGUCGGUGGCCGGAUUCGCGCAGGGCGGGGGCUCGGCGGGGGGCGUCAUGAUGACCAUCCCCAUACACAGUAUGGCGGCGGCCGCGGCGGCCGCUGCCGCGGCGGCCUCCGUUCCGGGCCCUGUGCCGGGGACGGUGCCCCCGCCGUGCGGGUCCUCGCCCACGCAGGUCAUUCCCGGCGCCGCCCUCAACCUCAGCAACUACCUCGUCUGCAGUGGAGCUCAGCCCCUCCUGACCCCGGGCAGCUCGGCCAGCACACUCACCGGCCUCAUCGGCUCGCCCGGCGCCCUGAUCCAUGCCGCGCACACCGGUGCAGCGUCCCCAAUGGCGUUUGGGUCACUGGUGGCUGGAGCCAAGAGCCCCCAGGGCAUGCGAGCGGGAAUGCCAGGCCAGCUGCCGAUGCUGCAGCAUGUGCCGGGCUGCCCGGGCAUGAGGAUGCAUGGCUCCCCGCUGGCACCUCCUACCCCAUAUGGGCACAAGCCCGGCAGCCUGCUCCACCAGGCGCCGUUCAUCUUCAACUCUCAGCUGCAGCAGUUCCACGCCCAGCAGCAAGCCGGGCAGCCCUCCCCGGGGCACUCCCUCUCUGCUGCCCAGCCGACUGACCAGGGUCUGGAGGCAUGCGCUUCGAGCCAAGAUCAGCAAGCGCUGGCGGCGGCAGCUGCGGCGGCGGCACAGCAGACAGCCGUCAUUAGCCUGGCAGGGGUUGGGAGCUUCAUGACUUCUCCCCAGCAAGCCACAGUCCUGACACAGCUGAGCUCUGCCUCGGCCAGGCCGGGCCAGCGAGUGCAGCUCAGCCCCAUCCUCCAGCAGCAGCAACAACAACACCAGCAGCAGCAGCAGCAGAUACAACAAUACGCAGCAGCCUUUCAGAAGCAGUUCUUUCAGCAGAGGGCCAUCGCAGCUGCACAACUACACCGUCUGCAGCAGCAGCAACAGCAGCACCAGCAACAACAGCAGCAGCAACAGCAACAACAGCAGCAACAGCAGCAGAUGCAGCAGCUGCGUCAGCAGCAGCAGCAAGCUACCACCGGGACAGGGGGGCAGCCCAAAAGCAAAAAGAAAAGAGGAAUAACCACACCUCCCCGCACGUGACUGACGGUGCACAAUGCACCACCAUCUUCGCUCUGACCCGCAUGAGUUCCAUUGUAGAGUCUUGAAAUUGUGAAGAGUUCUGGAUAGGCGGGAAUGUACAGUAUUAUCAGUGAGCUCUUCAUCUUUUAAAUUAUCUGAAAUACAAACACAUGCCCCAUUGUAUUGUUAAGUAUUUUUUGUUUGUACUUCGUAAUUUAAGUAUUCCCACUGUACAUAAUACGAGCUUGUAUAUUGAAUUGGCCCUUAGGUGGAAUCUUGUGACGAUGCUUUUGAGAAAAUGUAACCGGGCUGCCGUGCCUGCAAAAAGGAGUCUUGGAAAACAGGUCCACGUGCUUCCAAAAUAGCUUUCUCUCGCUCUCUGCAGGUUGACUUGCAAAGUGGUGUCUUCAAAAGGGACGGGAUAUUUAUUCACAGUGACAGCAGUUUGAGCAAAGCUUUGCAGUAACCGUCUGGAAUAAAUUGCGUCUCGAAAAUCUUUGGAGGCUCUCCAAAGUCGAUCAAAAUGCUUUUCACUUUUGCCCUUAAAGCUGCCUUUGCAACUUUGUACCUACAUUGUAGGUCCGCACGUGGUCUGUCCACUUGAUGGAUAUAUCGUAAUUAGAUGCUGUGUUUUGUACUUUUACAAUUGAAAUGUGUGCGCGCGCGUGUGUGCCCAUUAGUUUCAACAGAAUGUUUAUUGAAGGUGUAUAGUAUCUAAAGUUUGAGGUGGAAAGCAUAGAAAUAAAGGGAAAUAUAAGUGCUGAUUGUAAAGGUGCAGUAUGCUGUCAACGAGUGCAACGUUUUAAUCAACGUUUUAAAAUGUACAGUACGCUGUAUAUGGUAUUAAAAAAGGCGCAUUUAAAAAACAUGUUUUAUACUUUGGCCUUACUGUCAAAUUACAUACAAUUUUCAUUUUUACUACAUAUACAUCCUGUAUGUACGUCGCAAGCAGAUGAGUUAUGGUUAAUCUCUUGUGUUUUGUUUAGAGUAGGGAUGAGCACGUGUUUCUGGAUAUACUAUUUUAAGCUUACAUUAUAUUGGUGUGAUUGUGUGGGAUAUUUUUUGUUCUACUAAAACGAUAGUAUAAAUAAAACAAAGAAAACAUG